CCUGCUCAUGGUUGUCGACCAAUCCUUGUGCUCACGGUGGUUCCGUGGACAGUGACGCAUGGCGUUGUCAGCGUUGGUGAGAGUGGCCUUUACUCGGCUGGGUAGGGUUCAGGCGGUGGUGGUGGAACAGAAUCUAUUUAUCCUUCGCUGAAGCUGAAACAUUCUGUGUGCUGCAUCCACCCUGGUCUCCGCGACAAAUCCGACGUUGCCGUCACAUAUUAUUGCACGAGAUACACAUUUAGUGGAAUUCACAUGGCACCAAUCAACCCUUAGCCACAAGAUGCACGAGAAGAGAAGCAAGCAAAAACAGGGGAGGAGAGAAAACAGGGACUUAGAGUUUCCUGCUUCUUCUCCGUUUACUACAAGGAAACCUUCGACGCAUAUAUAAAGAGAGAGAGAGAGAGAGAGGGGCACUCUCCAUGCACGAGGAAGCUUCGGAACACCAGCCAAAAUCUCUGCGCUUCCUUCUCCUCCACCUGCAUGUGAGCUCUGAUUAAUCGAGACAGCUUGAUUUGGUUUUGACUUUGCCGAUGCAUGCGAUAUGUUCCUCCUCCAUGUUACCACCACAUCAUAGCACAGUCAGUAUAUUCCCAUCAUCACUGAAGAAGCUUCACGUGUGAUCGCCAACUGGAAAGCAAGAAAUCAAAAUGUGCUGGCAAUGGGCUCGAUAUGUUUCCUUCACCUACCUGCAACUGAAACCUGUACCUCAAUUCUGGUGUUAUGCUUGGUCUGUGCCACACUUGACGAUCGCAAGUGGUAUCACACCAAGAGUGGAGGAGAAGGAGGAGGAGGUAGAAUUUGACGGUGUCAAAAUGUUGAAAGGCUAAGGACGGGAUUACGCAACGUAUGGGCCGUGAGUGGGAAGUCUACAUUGACAGCGGCUGCCAUCUCUCGUCCGCGUGGUGUGCAGAGUGUGAAGAAAGGUCAAAACGGCGAACUUAACGCACGCUUCAAAACUCGAUCGAAUACCCACCAAAGAAAAGUCAAAACAUAUUCUCCGGAAUUCUUCCCCCCUGGAAUCGCAUCCCGUUUUGAGCCCCGUACGCGGGUGCGCCGACGCAACCAAGAAAGCGGCAGAAGAACCGUCCCGUUUUUGGGCGCUGCUUGUUGCUCCCGUAGUGGCCAUCGAUUGACGUGAAACAAGUCGUCUCCCGCUAUAUAUACCCCCUCACACCAUGUCUCACUUCCCCAUUGGCUCUUCUGCACCAAAAUUAAGAGGCAUUCCGAGCCAAAAUCCCUCUCCCACAGCUUAUUCGCUGUGCCUGCUGCUGUAUGCAGGCCCGGCAACGUCUCCCUUGUCGCUCUACUCCGGAGACGAGACGACAAACAUCGUCUAUUAGCCUCUUCCCUUCUUCUCCUUUUCUCAGCCUGCACGCAACAGUGUCCGUUUUGUUCCUCUCCUUGUAACUUGGUUGCAUCAAACUAGUUAAAGAGCCGACCAUGUUCGUGCCUGACAACCCCAGCUCUGCUUCGCCGUACCGAUGCGACCACCACCAUAAUCCUCAUGGCUUCCUCACAUUCCCCUUUGUCGUCGACGUCCAAAAGCCGCUGACCACCGUGCCGCCGGUCCUACAGCCGAAGCCCCCGAAUUCCGUAACGUUGGCUCUUAUAGAAGCCAAGUCCAUUCUGAGCUUGGCCUUGCCGAUGGUCCUCACCGGCCUGCUCCUCUAUUCCCGGUCCAUGAUCUCCAUGCUGUUUCUUGGUCGCCUCGGCGACCUGCCGCUCGCCGGAGGCGCCCUCGCCAUCGGGUUCGCCAACAUCACCGGCUAUUCCGUCCUCUCGGGGCUCGCCAUGGGCAUGGAGCCCAUAUGCGGGCAGGCUUUCGGCGCGCAGCGCCACCGCCUCCUCGGCCUGGCGCUCCAUCGCACCGUCCUCCUGCUCCUCUUCGCCUCCCUCCCCAUCGCACUCCUCUGGUUCUACAUCCGCCCCAUCCUCCUCCUCCUCGGCCAAGACCCGGCGCUGGCCGCCGCCGCCAGCGCUUACCUCCACGCCUCCCUCCCCGACCUCCUCCUCCAGUCCUUCCUGCAUCCCCUUCGCAUCUACCUCCGCACCCAGUCCAUCACUCUCCCUCUCACCGCAUGCGCUGCGAUCUCCGUCGCCCUCCACCUGCCCAUCAGUUACCUCUUGGUCUCCGUCCUUCGCCUCGGCAUCGGCGGCGUGGCGCUAGCCUCUGUUUGGACCAACGUCAAUCUCGUACUCUUCCUCGUAGCUUAUAUCUACCUCUCGGACCUCCAUCGCAGCACCGGCGGGCUUUCCUUCUCCACCGAGUGCUUCAGAGACUGGAGACCCCUCCUCAACCUGGCCGUGCCCAGCUGCGUCUCUGUGUGCUUGGAGUGGUGGUGGUACGAGAUCAUGAUCAUCCUGUGCGGCCUUCUCUUGAACCCGCAGGCCACCGUUGCCUCCAUGGGCAUUCUCAUCCAGACUACCUCUCUCAUUUACAUUUUCCCUUCCUCGCUCAGCUUCGGCGUCUCGACUCGUGUCGGCAACGAGCUCGGUGCAAACCGACCCGACCGAGCAAGAAGAGCCGCCACCGUCGGCCUGUCAUGCAGCUUCGCUCUCGGCCUCUUCGCCUUCUGCUUCUCCGUCUCGGUGCGCCACGCGUGGGCCACAAUGUUCACCACCGACUCAGCGAUCCUCGGGCUCACCUCCUCCGUGCUGCCGAUCCUCGGCCUGUGCGAGUUCGGGAACUGCCCGCAGACCACCGGGUGCGGGGUGCUGCGAGGCAGCGCCCGGCCAAGGGUCGGCGCCAACGUGAACCUGGGUUCCUUCUACGCCGUCGGGAUGCCGGUCGCCGUCGGGCUCGCAUUUUUCACCGGGCUCGACUUCAAAGGGCUCUGGCUCGGGCUGCUGGCGGCGCAGACCACAUGCGUCCUGCUAAUGCUCCUAGUCAUCAAGAGGACCGAUUGGAUCACGCAGGCGGAGCGGGCGCAGCAGCUCACCGGCGCGGCCAGCGGUGCAGUCAACGACGCGUUGCCGUCGCCGCCGCAGAAGGGCAUGCCCGUGGAUCACGUCGAUGAGACUGGCAGCCUGAUUAUAAAGAUUGAGCAGCCAAGUUCGUAGCAUGAAGCGCUCAUUAUUUUUGCACUUAGUUUCAAUCCUUUGGGUUCACAGUUUUAGGACACAUACAAGCACAACAUUUUUUAUUCUAUUUUUCUGAUUCAUCUAUUUCUUUUCUUUUCCGUCUUACUAAUAGUGGGCGGUAGGACUGUAAAAUAAUCGUAUCAGGAAGGAAAGAACAAUUUGGGUUGUGCUA